AUGGCCCAGAAUAUCCUGGUUAAUAGGGAGGUAUUAUAUCAAGCCAGGGUGUUUGAUCUAGAAGAAGAAUGGCUUCGCCUUCCAGGUGUCCACGCUCGGGGUAACCCUCAGUUUCCGUGUCAUAUAUCAUCUGAGAAGGCUGUUAUGAUCAAACAAGAUAUUUCCAGUGCAAUCAGAGGCAUGGACAUUAUGCGGGAGUUGAAACAGCUAUUAGGUGAGGACUGGCCGGAGAAAGGUGUGGUUCGACAUGAUCAGUAUGACCGAGUGAAAGAGCUUUUGAAACAGGCAAAGGUAAAGAUGAUUGAUCAACUAGCACAGUCUGAAGAUGAGCGGGUGGCUUGGAACAAGGCAUGGCCAUUUGAUGAUUAA